AAAUCAAGAAGAAGGAGUAGGAGAAAAAAUAAAAGAAAAAGAAGGUCCAGUGACCAAAACCUUGUUGCUUCUUCUAUCUGUGUUGUUACCGCUAAAAGUUUUGUCUCUGUAACUUCGAGUAUCACAGGCUGCCCCAGCUCCUGUGAUGGCUUCCCUUUGGGGGGUGGUGAAAAAUGGUAGUGCACAUCAUGUGGACAAUAGCAGCUGUUUCAGCUCCACAGAAAGCACCGUCCUCAAGGGAAACAGCUUUGGAGGGGUGCCAGUUGUACUGCUGCUGGACUUCAGCGUCUUCUUGGUGUUGCUGAUCCUCUUUUCCAUCAUCAGGAGGAAGCUGUGGGACUACGGCCGUCUGGCGCUGAUCUCUGACAGGGAAGGGUUCAGUGAGACAUCACACCGCCGCUAUGAGAGAAUGUCGUCCUGUGUGUCCAACGGGGAGGAGCCGGAGCACGAAUUGGGAUGCUGCGGCUGGCUCCCCUACAUCAUCAGAAUGGAUGAGGAGAUGGUCAAGGCGCGUUGUGGGAUCGACGCGGUCCACUACCUCUCCUUCCAGCGUCACCUGAUCACCCUCCUGGUGCUGGUUACCGUCAUCUCUGUGACUGUCAUCCUGCCUGUCAACCUGUCUGGUAACCUGCUAGGAAAUGACCCGUACAACUUCGGAAGGACUACUGUGGGUAAUCUUCAGAAGGAUAAUAACCUGCUGUGGCUACACACAGUGUUUGCAGUCAUCUACCUGAUCCUGACAGUGUUACUGCUGAGGCGACACACCUCCCAGAUGAAGGGCAUGGGCAGAGGGCUGACCAGAAACACCCUGUUUGUGUGUUCCAUACCCAAAGAAGCCAGUGAAGAGGGCAUCAGGACCCACUUUACUGAGGCCUACCCUACCUGCCGUGUGUGUGACGUGCACCUGACCUAUGAUGUGGCCAAGCUGAUGCACUUGGACAAGGAAAGGAAGAGAGCAGAGAAAAACCUGCACUACUACGAGCGGGUUCUUGAGCGAGGGGGCCAGAGGGAGGUGAUCAACCCCAGUCUGUGUGGUUACCUCUGCUGCUGCCGCACCCGCAACUGUCAGGAGGUAGAUGCCAUAGAGCACUACCGGCGCCUCCAGGCAGGUCUGUUAGAGGAGGUGAGGCAGCAGAGAGAGCUGGUGCCACAGCACCCUCUAGGGAUGGCCUUCGUCACUCUGCAGUCUGAGGCCAUGGCCACAUACAUUCUGAAGGACUUCAAUGCCCUGGACUGUGGAGAUGGGGGCAGCGCAGUGAGGUGUGGGUGUGGCCGAGAGACCCAGCUUUCGUCCAAUAGCGCGGCUCUGAAAGUGAGGAACUGGAGGGUUGACUACGCCCCUCAUCCCAGAAAUGUGUACUGGGACAACCUUUCAGUGCGGGGCUUCCGCUGGUGGUUCCGAUGCCUGCUGCUCAACUUCUUCCUCUUCUUCCUCCUCACCUUCCUCACCACUCCCUCCAUCAUCAUCAGCACCAUAGACAAGUUCAACGUCACCAAGCCCAUCUACUACCUCAACAGUGCUGUGGUCAGUCAGUUCUUGCCGACUCUGCUUCUGUGGUCCUUCUCUGCCCUGCUGCCCACCAUAGUGUACUACUCAACUCUGGGAGAGUGCCACUGGAGCAGGUCCAGUGAGCAGUUGAUUAUGAUGCACAAGCUGUACAUCUUCCUCCUGUUUAUGGUUCUAAUCCUGCCCUCUCUUGGACUCACCAGUCUGGCUGUGUUCUUCCGCUGGCUGUUUGACAAAGAGUUUCUGGCUGAUGGGAAGCUGAGGUUUGAGUGUGUGUUCCUGCCUGACCAGGGGGCGUUCUUUGUGAACUAUGUAAUCACGGCGGGCCUGGUGGGUUCUGGGAUGGAGCUGCUACGGUUGCCAGGGUUACUGCUCUACACCAUUCGCAUGGCUCUGGCUCGCUCCGCCGCAGAGAGGAAGUAUGUCAAACAGAACCAGGCGUAUGAGUUUGAGUACGGAGCCAUGUACGGGUGGACCCUGUGUGUGUUCACUGUCAUCAUGGCUUACAGCAUCAUCUGCCCUGUCAUAGUGCCUUUCGGUCUGCUGUACCUGAUGCUGAAGCAUCUAGUGGACAAACACAACCUGUACUUUGCCUACCUGCCCGCCCGCCUGGACAGACAGGUGCACCUGGGAGCUGUCAAUCAAGCCCUGGCCGCACCCAUCAUCUGCCUCAUCUGGCUCUAUUUCUUCUCCGUCCUCCGGACAGGAUUCAAGGCGGACACAUCUGUCUUCACUCUGGUGGUCCUGUGUGUAACUGUCUGCAUCUGCAUCAGCUACACCUGCUUCGGACACUUCAAGUACCUCAGCCCUCACAACUACAAGUUGAAGGAGGAUGAGGAUGCCGUGGAUGGAUUGGCGGACAGCAACAUGGUCUACCUUCCAAGGGUGCUUAGAACAGAGUCCCCUGAGUCCCCCUCUACGUCACCAGAUGGGUGUAAAACCCCCCAGUCAUACGGGACCACAGACAGCAGCCCAGCCUGUCAGAGCCCAGUAGAUGAUGAACUGUUGAACCCCUGAACCUGAGAUGCUGCCCCCUGGUGGGUCACCCCAGAACUGAGGUGUUGGCAUAGGGGAGUGUAUCCUCAAAUCUGUUGCUGUACUAUCCAACACAGGCCCUUCCAAUACUCCUAAAAAUGCAUCCUUUCUCUCCCCUUUCAUCAAGCUUAGCAUGUAUCUGAUAUCAAUAGAUAGGUCAAAGUAGAGCCUUUGCUUUCACUUAUUCAAUAGUGCUCCAUCAGUGAUUCUUUCCAGGAGGGGAGGAGAGAAGACAUUGUUACAGGCCUCCUGAGACAACUCUGCCAAGGCACCACCAAGAGCUGGCAGCCACUCAGGAGCCAAGUCUUCUGUCAGAAAUGCCCAAAUCUGACCCUUUUACAAAUACCUGCCUAUAAGGACUGCCUUGGCUAAAGACUAUCCAGCCCCAAGACAGUUUUGCCAAAAAUGCUUUUAUAGCAUAACAUUGGGAAAAACUGCCAUGCCAUGCAUUUCCACUGAGUUUGCGUUUGAUAUCCAGAAUGCCAGAAUAGAAGGCAUUUUUUUAAUCUGACCAACAGAGGGCACUCUUGUUGCAUGGUAGUUAGUGUCCACGUUAAACUACUUAUACUAAGCCUUUCAAAUCUGGACCUCAAGGUCUGCAGUACUGCUGCUUUUAAUCCUUCCUCUCUGUUUACCUGUUAUGAAUGCCUGAUUACCCUCUGAUUCAGGCCAACCAAUGACAAUCAAUCAAUUAACCACCAGAGGAACAGUAAAACCAGCAGUACUGCAUACCUCAAGACCUGGACUUCAUACCCCAUACUGAGUGACUUUUCUUCUACAGUAACCUUCCAUUUGGAACCAAAAGCACAACAUUUCUAAAGUAAAUCAAAUAUAGAACAUUUUACCAUAGUGCACCAGUGAUUAAUUAUUUAUUAUGUCAUUGUGACUGUUGGUAAGAAGCUUAACUUGCCUGUUCAUUAGCAUUAUGCAUAGGAUAUGAAUGAUACUGUCAAGAUGUAAAGGAAUAUUAACCAUUCAAAAUAUUUUAUUUGUACCUUUUAUAGGUACUGUAAAUGGAAAUCAUGUUUUCAAAUUUCAGAGUUUUUACAAAUAGUUUUUGUAUUAUUUAACAAGGAACUUUUAUUUCAUUUUGACUGAAUCAUGUUUUAAACCAAAAUGUUUUAUAUUAAGCUGAUAUAUUUAACAUUAUUAUAGAUUUUUAAUUAUCAGGCUUUUGAACCAUGACACAAUCUGUCAUGAAUUGAUAUAACUAUUGAUGAUGAAUGAGAUUAGGCCUAUUUAUGUGCAUAUGAACAGCAUGGAACUUCUCAGUGUUAAAUAUAUUGUGUUGAAAUGUCAAAUGGUUAAUACAUUGAGCUUUUGUUGAUCAUUA